GAUGGGCGGUGCUAGUUUAGAAACACUCUUCUCUGGAUUCAUCACGGUUAUAUUUCCUGCAGGGAUCCUACAGCUGAGAGCCUCCUAUCUUCUGACUGAACAUCUGAAAUGGAAUUAAAUGGUAAAAUCGCAGUAGUGACUGGAGCAGCGCUGGGGAUAGGAAAAGCAAUAACAGAGAUACUCCUGAAAAAUGGUGCCAAGGUAGCCCUCCUGGACGUGAAUGAAACGGCAGGGAAGAGUUUGAAGGAAGCUCUGGACAAACAGUAUGGACAGGAGAGGACUUUGUUCCUGAACUGUAAUGUUGAAUCAGAGGAGCAGAUCAAAGCUGCCUUUCAGAAAACUGCAGACAACUUCGGAGGAAUAGACAUCCUGUGCAACAACGCUGGCAUCUUGAAUGAGACCACAUGGGAGAAAACGGUCUCCAUAAACCUCGUGGGUGUUAUCAGGGGGACUUACCUGGCUCUGGAGCACAUGAGCAAGUUGAGUGGAGGUCGGGGAGGGGUCAUCGUCAACACUGCAUCCAUGGCAGGUCUCGGUCCUCUACUAAGCUGUCCUGUCUAUACAGCCACUAAGCACGGAGUGAUCGGCUUCACUCGAGCCAUGGCGGCUGCCUCUACCGCAUCAGGUUACGGUGUGCGGUUCAACGCCCUUUGCCCAGGUUUCGUCCAAACUGACCUUUUCACCACAAUCCCAUCCAAACUGGGACAAUUCUCCCACCUGGCUGAUGCAACUGAAAAAUUAGCAGAAAAGUUUGGGAUAUUAACUGUAUCUGAGGUAGCAGAGUCCCUCCUGGAGCUGGUGACAGAUGAGACAAAGAAUGGGGAGGCCUUCCUGGUGUUCCCGCAAGGAAAGAAAUAUGUGACUUUUCCUUCAUUCUCCUCAUAGCUCUCUGCAAUUACAAACCACAACCAACCUCAUACAGUACUGGUCUUGUAAUCAAAACUGCAAUGUUUCUUAGUGCUUCAAUGUGCAAAAUAAAAAAUAUAUGCCUCAAGUGCUUUUGUGUACAGCAGACAAGGAAUAUGAAGUGAAAAUAUCUUAAGAGUAGUCAAUACAAUGUACUGUACAUGGGAGGUCUAAAAGCUGUAAGCUUCUCUUUCAUUCAAUUUGCUAAUAGUUUAGUAUAUCCAUUUUAUUAUAGGGCACAAGGUUUCCUUAAAAUGCAUUGAAAACAAUAUAUGUAUACAGGUAAUAACAGUGAAACAGUUUAAAUAAUGCUGACUUAUAAUAAUUGAUUUUGCUAACUGCAAUACAUGUGCACAAGUGUGUCAUUAAACAUUUCAUUGUUCAACAGACCACUGGAUCAACACAUGCCUGAGUUAAAUUUGGGUAUUUGUAAGAUUUCUGUGACCUGCUUUAAAAUCCAGAAUGUCAUUUUUAUGUAUUGACCAUUGGGAGUCACUAUUUAACUGAUAAAUGUGUCCAUUGUAAAGGCUCAGUUCAUCCAAAUGACCCUACAACUUUUUCUUCUUUUUUUUUAAUUAGCAUUAUGUGUAAUUCCUGCUCAUUUCUAAUUCAUGAUAUCAUGUAAUUCUAGUAUAUCAAUAAUAAAUGCAUUAUUGCCUAA